AUGAAGCUAAUCAUUACUCUUAGUUAUUUGUUAUUCUCAUCAUUUGUGAUCUCUGAUCCUACUACAUUUAAUACCAAUACUGCUAUUUCUACACGUCCUGUCACUAAACCUUAUACCAAUAAUGCUAUUUCUACACGUCCUGCCACUAAAUCUUAUAUCAAUACUGCUAUUUCUCCUGCACCCGUUCCCAGUAAUGACCCUGGAUACCAUGUAGCUCACGGUGUACCCGUUCCCAGUAAUGACCCUGGAUACCAUGUAGCUCACGGUGUACCCGUUCACAGUAAUGACCCUGGGUCCCUCCAUUUUGCUCACGCCGUACCCGUUCCCAGUAAUGACCCUGGAUCCCACUAUUUUGCUCACGGUGAACCUGAGUAUCACCUGUAUGACCCUGGAUAUCAAGACGAUAAUUCACCUGAAAAUAACAAUUCCCCUGGUAAUGAGGAUUUUCCUCCUAAUAAUGAUGAGCCACUGCCAGGAAAUGAUGA